AUGCAAGGCCAAAUGCAAGUGAUUCCAAAUGUUGGUGGAGUGCAACAACAACAACUCAUACCUCAACAUGUGAGGCCGAGGCCACAUGGGCCACAAAUGCAACGUCCCAUACCAUUGCAACAAGUUCGCCCACCGAAUGUUCAACAACAAUUCCAAAGGCCACUUCAAAACCCACCCAUGCCACAACAACAACUUCAACAACCAAAUGUACCACAAGGGCAUAUACCAAGACCAAUGGGAGUUCGUCCAAGGGACGAAUUCUAUACCGCCCAAAAGACCAAUGAUGCUAGGAAAGGGUUGAGAAGUUUCCAACAACAACAAGGCGAAAUGUUCCACGAAGCCUUCGGCCGCUUAAAUAUGAUGAUCAAAAACUGUCCGCACCAUGGAAUUGAGCUUUGGGAGUUGAUGAACGCCUUUCAUGAAGGGUUGUGUGCCGAACAUGCACGAGAUUUGAUGUCCAUCACAAAUGGGACUUUUGGCACCAAUUAUGAGAAUGAUGAUUGA